CAGCAUCAGAAUUACGGGAAUGGAUCGUGCAUGAGAACCGUAUCCGAGAGGGUUGGAAUGUCAUUGAAAACGAAAAUAGAUACACUUGGGGAAUCGACAUCAACAUGCAUCCCAAACUUCAGACCUACUGGCAAGAGCUGGCAGCCAAUGACCAAUUCCGCAAUGGGUUGGAAGCCAUCGUGGGGCCCGAUCCGGCUAUAAUUGAAUUCACCGCAAUCACUAGCUCCUAYGGUGCGGAAGACCAAUAUAUGCACGCCGACGUAAUUCACCACGGAAGGUAAGAAUGGAUGAAUGGAAAUAUAAAUUAGCAAGUGUGGCAAAGCAGGUGAUAGGUCCAAGCAUCCUUCUUUUUUUUUUGGACCCUUGAGAUACAGCUCGAUUUCUCUACAGAUUGCACUAACACAAAAAUGUAUGCAUGUUUCACUUAUAGUGCCGUGAAGUACGCCCGCAGUUUCGUGCCCUCGUAUUCUCUAUUUAUUCCACUGCAAGACACAACCUAUGAAAUGGGUGCAACCCAUGUCUGCCCGGGUAGUCAUCAGUGUUCCGAAGCUGAUGACAUUUGUGACGACUAUGGUGCAUUUGCCGUGUCCGGAGAAGGUGGCGGAGUCUGGAAAAUGGGAGAUGGUGCUUUGUUGAAUCAGCAGACAUUUCACAAAGGAAUGGGAUAUACACAAAAGGGAGGUCCCGACCGCGUUGUGCUCAUGUAAGUAGCUGUAAUGCACUGGUAUAUUUCGAAAUCUCCUGUAAUCAAGAAAGUAUAAUCAAACCAGACUCAAACUUCGACUUUCGUGUUUGCUACAUCAAAAACAGAGCUACAUUUGCACCACGGCCGAAGCAUGGCAAAGGCGUGGAAASUCGUCAGAUUGGUAAGUGCGAAUUUCUUUUUUGGUGAUUAAAGAAACGUAAAUUGGAUACAAUCAGUGAAUCGGAAUUUUUCGAUAUUUUACAUCGACUGAUAUUUGUCAAAUUCAUUACAAAUAGGCCAAGGAGGUAGCUACAGCUUACUAUGGAACCAGUGGGGGCACACCUUUUCGGAUUUCGUCCAUGCCGACAAACGUAUGACAGAGCCUCAGAAGACUCUCCGAAGUCUUGGACUGAUCAAGGGCAAUGGUUGGAACUAUUUGAGCACAUUGAGUAUGAGAAUGGCCAACGAAGACACAGAAAUGAGACCUGACAAUUUAGAAGAACUCCUUGAGGAGGAAGGAGGCCUGUGGUUCUUGCCGAGGUCUUGGCAAGACGGAAUAGAUGAGGUUUCUGAUA